AUGGCUUCUGACAUGGAAGAAGAAUAUGCGAAUUCUCUCGAUGAGUUUGAGUCAGCCUUGAUUCAGGACCCCCUCGAUGAUGAAGAUGGUGUCUACAGAUACCAGCAUCUAGAGGAAGCUUAUGAUACCCGUUUGGAAAAGGCACGUGGGUGGAUCAGAGAAGAACAGGACUUCACGAGCGAGGCCCAAGCUGACGACUUCUUCCAUACGUUCAGUGACAUUACUGCUAAAAGCUCAACCAAAGCAGCAGGUAAUCUUCUUCACGUACUGGUCGAGGUGGUCAAACACAAUGGUCUCCAGCCAGAGAAAAUCGAACGCCUUGCUCGGAGGCUGGUGGAAGAAGCUCCGGAUCUGCUCCAGUACAAGAACAAGGACGGCCAGACUCCUAUUUUAAUGGCCAUUAGAACUCGCCAAGAUCAACUCCUCGACUACAUGAUUUCCGCUUGCGUCAGUCACAAGAAACCAAGAGACAGUGCUCAAAAUCUCAAUACAGCCUUGUGCAGUAAGCACGAUGGAAAGCCGUGUCUUCAUGCAGCCUUUGGCGAGAAGUUGAAACCCGAGACUAUGAAGAUGCUGAUCGAAAACGCCAGCGACGAGGCGUUGAGUAUGACCGAUCACACGGGCAAGACGCCGAUGCACCAUGCAGUACAGUUCAGGGACUGCACAGAUUCGAGAUCAGCACUCAUCGACUUGAUGAUCCAAAGAGACUUCAUGGCAAGGCUUAACAAGCCGAAAUCAGCAAAGACGUUUCUCGACAUAUCCGAUCAAAAUGGCUGCUCGGUUUUCCAGGAGCAUGCAAACACUAGAAAGACUUACAUGGAGCAGUAUCGCACCGCCCAGGCCGCGCAACGGAGAAAAAAGGAGUCUAAAGAGGCUCAAAAAGAAGCAGAGAGAGCCCCUUCCAGAGAACCCAGGUUACAUGCCAACACGAGAGAGUCAAAGACCAUUCCCACAGUCAAAGCGCCCGGAGACCGAGAUGCCGAAAGGUACGGUCGUAGUAGUGGCCCAGCCGCUUCUACAGAUGACCGUGAGCGAAUAAGACAGCAGAAAAAGGAAGAGGAACGUGCCAGAUUCGAACAGGCUGGAGCACCUGCCAUAAAUGAUCGUUUAAGAGAUCGAGAUGCGACCGAGAGAGAUGGAAGUCGGUUUCGGUCUCCCAGAACAAAUGGGCUUGAGGCAAAUGACACUGAUGCUCUAUACCCGUCCCGGCAUACUGAACCAACGUCGAACACUGGCAUCAAGAGAAGUAAUACAGCUCGCCCGGAAAGAGAGGCUGAGAAAUUCACCAAGAGGUUCGGCGAAAACGCUGUGGAUGGCUACAAAUUCGAUCCCGUCCUCCAGUACGCAACGUUUCCACGCGUUGAAGUUUUGGUAAAGGGCCGUUCAGCAGAUCGCCAGGACAAACUAUCCCAUCAGGCUAAAGCCACUCUGCCAGGAGCCAACAGCCGCAAGGACGUGAAAUAUUUUCUUGAUUGGUUAUACAAGAAAGGAGUGCGUCAUAUCAUCAAGCUAUCAGUUGAGGAUUCUGGAGACUCGGGUCAAAAGGUCCAUAGCGAUGAAGUGAUACAAUCAGCCCUGGAGAAGUUCGUUAUUGAGCAUCUGGACUGGCAGAAGACGGAUUUGGAUCCAGAGACCAUACUUCAUAUUAGCAGUAAAGUAGCAGUGGAGGAGAGAUCACCUUCAGAUGACUCAGAGAGUGUCAACUCGCCUGCAGAGCGACAGUUGAGGAAGCUUACUCUGAUCUGGAGUGGCAGCAAUGCUAGACUGACAGUCGAGAAGACCUAUGAUAGCCCGCAUUGGAUCAAUCAACGAAUUAUGGAGUUUGAACGCAGACUCAAUAAGAAUCGAGAAUCGCCCCAUGAAGCGCAACUCCGGAUUAGCGAUAGUCUAUCGUUCAGCGGCAACAAGUCCGGUCACAUCCGGGUCAAAUUAGUUGAUCCAGCAACGGGAAGCACACUCGGAGUGGCAUCUAAUAUCGUGUCCCCGACGACCAUUUCGACUCCGGACCAGGGUGUAAAUGAAGACCGAUGGUUGAGAUCGAUUGAAAAUUUCGCGAGCGCCAUGGCUCCGUACUGGGAGGAUACAGUCACAAACUUUCUUGAAACAAGGCAAAACUCGGGCACGACGGAGCGAGUUGAGAGUGAUGUUAUCAUCGCAUUGAUUGACGAUGGUGUCGAUAAGUUUGAGAUUGGCUGGCCAGACCAAGUUCUUGAAGGAAAGAGUUUUGACUUUCACGAUGAGAGAGUUAACCCGCCGUACUUGUCGGCUCAGGGCCAUGGUACAACCAUGGCUAGCAUGAUUCUACGUGUCUGCCCAAUGGCCAAAGUCUAUCCGAUACGUCUGAAGACCUAUAACAGUGCAGAUGGCAAAAGCACCAUCGAUCCAAGGUAUGCAGCACGUGCAAUCCAAGCAGCGUUGGAUAAGAACGCUACCAUCAUCUCCAUGUCAUGGACCUUGCCGAUUGAAAGCGGUAAAGACCACAUGAAGGAAGAAUUACAUGCCGUUUUGAAGCGGGCUGUAGAAAACAAGGUGUUGAUGUUUUGCUCUGCACCUGACAAGGGCAAGUUCACUGAGCUUGACUAUCCAAGUGGUCCAUGGCCCAAUAGCUUCUUCCGCAUUGGCGCAGCCUAUUCAAACGGCACUGUGUUCCAAUGGACACCUGAAGUCGGCAUUACUUACAUCUUGCCAGGCGUCGACGUAGUCCAAGAUCAGAUCAAAGGCGGGUCGUCUAAAUCCGGCGAGGGCUCCAAGUCUGGCAAGAACUUGACUGGUUCUAGUGUUGCUACGGCCCUGGGAGCCGGUCUUGCUGCCAUGAUAAUAUACUGCGUCAAGGCCAGUAUUCUGUCCGUCAAGACGGCGAAUCAGAACAAAGCUGCAAUCCAUCCUAUUCCCGAUGACCGUGCAAUCCAGGUUGCCAAACCAGAUGCGAUGAAGAGGGCUUUUGCAAGCCUGGGCUCUACUACUUCAAAUAAGUUCAUCCAGGUCUGGGAAGAGCUAGAUAAGGCCAGGGUGAUUUUAGAGAGGUGGGAGAGGGAAAAGUCAAUUCCGGAGGCGAACCUGAAAUGCACCCAGGAGUUUAUGCAGUUCGGCAUUAAGCUGGCGAGCUCGGUUAAACAGUAG